CUUAUUUCCUUUCUACUCUCUCAACACCAAAGUGAUAUCAAUUAUCUCACAAACACCACCUAUACACUCAUUCUUGCUACGGCUUCAUAUAAUCACUUUUUUACAUUAUUAUUUUUUCCUUUUUAUAAACUGCUUCCUUCCUUUUUUUUAUGUCUUUCUCUUCAAACAAUUUUCAUUAUCAUUAUAACUACAAUAAUGAUGAUGAUUUUGACAAAUAUUAUCAAGACCUAUUUGAUAAUCAAGUAGAAGCGACAAUAGAAGAUAUACCGCGGGAAAGAAAAAACGUGCAUAUAUCGAAAGAAAUCGAGAAGAAGGUCACGAACGUUUGUGGAACGAUUAUUUUAGUGACAAUCCUACUUACCCGGAAAGGAUGUUUCGAAGACGAUUUCGAAUGAACAAGCCAUUGUUCCUACGUAUUGUCAAUCGUCUCUUAGCAGAAGUUGGAUAUUUUCUACCUAAAAAAGAUGCAACAUUCCGAAAUGGUAUUUCACCCCUUCAAAAGUGUACUGCAGCAAUUCGACUUUUAGCAUACGGGGGUGGAGCAGACACGGUUGACGAAUAUAUACGUCUUGGUGAAACGACGGCUCGAAACUGUUUGGAACAUUUUGUCAUUGGAAUUGUUGACUUGUUUGGCGAUGAAUACCUAAGGCGGCCUACCGAAGAGGAUCUUCAAAGGCUACUUUAUAUAGCAGAACAACGGGGUUUUCCGGGGAUGGUUGGGAGCAUGGAUUGUAUGCAUUGGGGGUGGAAAAAUUGUCCAACCGCAUGGAAAGGUAUGUAUUCUCGAGGUACCGGAAAAUCAACUAUUGUUUUGGAGGCGGUUGCUUCACAAGAUCUUUGGAUAUGGCACGCGUUUUUUGGAGCACCAGAGUUUGAUGAUACGUUUCAACGUCGUUUCAACAAUGGCAAUUAUAGUUUGCUGAUACGUUUAGAGAUUUGAACAACUAAAUAAAACGACGAUUGGGUACGGCGGCAGCUACAACCGAUCUAGAAAACAUAAAUAAGAGACAAUAGAUAUAUGAUUCCCGUGAGGUAAAGAGGAGGAUUUGGUUUUGCUAGAGUUUGAGCAGGCGGAUGAGGUAGGUUUACGUGGCAGAAAAGAGGAUUUGGUUGGCUAGGUUCUAACGGUGGCAGAAAAACGGUUUACAAGGUGGAUCUAAUAAAAUCUUCGCUGGUGGAGGAAGAAGAAUUGGUUGGGUAGGAUUUUCUCAGAUCCUCACUGGUGGAGGAGGGAGACUUAGUUGGGUAGGAUUUUCUCAGUUUUGAAGAGGAAUUAGGGAUUCAAGAGUUAAAGUUUGGGAAAAAUGGAAUUAGUUUUUUUAUUUCUUUUUACUUUUACUGAAAAUUGGUUUUAGAAUAAUGAAAGGAAGGAAAAGAGUUGGAGAUAGUAAAGGAGAGAAUAGUCAUUUCCUUAACAAAAAGUAUAGAGGUAGUAGAAAGUGGGUGUGAUGGUGAAUACUUUAUAGUAAAGUA